CCCUGCCGCUAUUGACGCUGUCCCGUCGGUGCGGCUCCGAUGGGACCUCGGCCUGGUCGCGCACGCAGCCCUCGUGGUGGACUUGCGCGUCGCGACGCAUCCCGAGCCGGCGCUGCUCCGCGAGCGCGCGCCGGUCCUGGGCGGCCCCGCGGUAGGGGGGCUGGUCAGCGCAGGGGCCUUCCGCGCAGCAUUGCAGCAUCAUGACCUCGACGGGGCGCGGCGGCAGCUGGAGGCGGCCGCGCGCAUGUGGCUGGCGACGCGCCUGGGCAGCGCGGCCGUCCCAGAGCGGCCGCACGCUGCAGCGGCCAUGCGAGGCUUGCAGCGCGCUCAGCGGCGCCACGAGGACGCCGCGAGACAGAUGGCUGAUGCGACCUUGCGGGCGUUGCGGGCCUCCCAGCCGCUCUUUUUGGCGCGCGCGGCGUGGCAGGUCGCGAGUGCUGUGGCGCGCGGGAGGCGGCAGACGGAGUGGCGACGCUGGGUGGAGGAGUCACUCGCGAACGGCGGGGGCAGGCUGCACCGCUGGAGUCGCCGCGGCGGCGGCCUUGAUGCCGAGCUUGAUGCCAGGGCUGGCGCCCGCGCCCCAGGUCGCCGGCAGCGGCCGUUGGCCUUGCAAGGCUGCCCCGCGGCGCGGCUGCGCUUCUAUGCGAGGGCCCGCGGAG